AUGGGCUACCACUUCAAGAGUGGCACUUCAGGGCAACGUACACAGAUGAGCACACAGGGGUUUGACCUGAUGGAGUACUUCAGUGUGAGGGAUAUUCUGGGAACAAGACUUGAUGAAGGCCAAAGCUCCUAUGUUCGCCUUGGUACCAUGCCUAUCGUACAGCAGACAGAAGAUGUGUUUAAUCAAGGUUUGCCAGAUGAAUACGCCUUUGUGACGACAUUCAAAUUCAGGAAAACCUCAAGGCGAGAAGAUUGGUACCUCUGGCAGAUUUUUGAUAAAUACGGAAUCCCACAGGUUUCCAUCCGCCUGGACGGUGAGAACAAGGUGGUGGAGUACAAUGCUGUUGGCCUGACAAAAGAUGCUGUUAGGGCUGUGUUCAGGAGCACUGAAGUUGAAAAUCUCUUUGACCGUAACUGGCACAAAAUUGGUCUAAGUGUAGAGACCAAAGCCGUCUCUUUGUACCUGGACUGCAAACACAUCCAGACUCUGCCCAUUGACGACAGAGAGGACAUCGACAUCCAAGGCAAAACCGUCAUUGGCAAGAGGCUAUACGACAGUGUUCCAAUUGAUUUUGACCUCCAGAGGAUGAUGAUUUACUGUGAUUCCAAGCAUGCUGAGCUGGAAACCUGCUGUGAUUUGCCCAACGGACCG